CUAAUAACCUCAGCUUCCACCUAGUCUAGCUUCCCUUCCAUUUAGGAAGGGAAGCUAGACUAGGUGGACCGGUUCAUUUUAGAUGGAUGUACCCAUUUGAGAGGUGAGUUAAAAUGGGACGUCCAAAGAAAAAGAGAGGACGAAGCUCUAAAAAGAAUGAGGAGGUAGAAUAUGUGGGCACCCGUGAACCAGAACAAGUAGAACCAGAAUCUCAAGUACAAGAUGAGCCAGAGCAUUUGGUAGAACCAGGAUCUCAAGUACAAGAUGAGCUAGAGAAUUUGGAAGAACCAGAAGCUCAAGUACAAGAUGGGCCAGAGCAUUUGGUAGAAACAGAGCUGAAUGAAGAAGUUUCUGAUCAAGAGAUGAAUGAAAAAGAGCCUGAAGGUGAGAUACAAUUCUUUGAAGAUCAUGAGCUUGUUGUUUGGAAGAGUAAGAGACAGCGAGGACCAACACGCAUGAAAGACAUUGCGAAGGAUCCAAAUACCAGAGUACAAGUAGAGUUCAUUACCAUGGGAGAACCGUACCUUAUGGUUGUGAGCGAUAGCUAUAAAGAGAGAAGGCGCAAACAGAUUCCUCACACCACUAGCCGCAAAGGAAUGGUUAGACUAACAGAAGAAAUGAACAAAGAGAGUCCAAAUCCAGAUGAAGUAUCAAGGCUUAAAGUCUGGGUCAAGUCACGUACCAGAAAAGAUGGUACACCAGUUAAUACAAAUGCGGAUGAAAAGAUUAGAAAGGCAGCGGAGAUUGUUAAUAGUGAUGCUCCUUCAUCUGCGACAUUAGAAGCACAAAAUUCACUUAGCCAACUAUUAGGACCUGAUAAUCCUGGUCGAUUAAAGGUAAUGGGUAGAAAUAUGACUAAGACCAAAUUAUCUUGUUUCCAAGUGACGAACAAAUGUAUGGCUGAAAUGCAAGAGAAACAAGCUAAUCUCCAGCUUAAGGUCAAUGAGUUACAAGAUGUAAUUGAAAAAAUGAAGAACCAGAGACUAAAUCCUGAAGUUGGUGAAAACUCAGCUGCAGCUAGAAGCGUGAACAAAAGAUCACAACCAAAGUGUAUCUUGACUAACUGGACUGGUGGUGAUGCAAAUAUUGCUGAGGGGCGUAUUAUUACUUCUGAUCCGGAUGACUUAGUGAAUGAUUGUCGCUUAGGUCCUACAGAUGUUAAAGUUUUGGUUGACAUUGCUAUUGUACUAGAGGCAUUCCUUUGGAGACCUACGAUUAACAUGUUCACAAUUGAGAAGCUGUUGGACAGAUGAUUGUUUGGCCUGCCUCUAAGAGUGUUAACCU